GAAGCUGAAUCUGUUAAUUUAUUAGGAAAAGAAUUUAAUUCAAUGAAUAAAUUCGCGGGAAAUAUGCGUAGUUUAUUUUUCGAAUUUCUCUAUAUAAUAUUAAAGCAAGACGAAAUGUCCAAAAUAUUAAAUAGUCUAUUAAUUUUUAUUUAAUAUUGUCAAAUAUAUUCUUUCGCAUUUCAUCCAAACAUAAACAAAGUAUGGGAAUCAAAAAUAGCCAAUAAUAUAUCAUCAGUAUUCGGUUAUAUAGGAAUUUUCCAAAUAUAUCGCAGUGGAGGUUGGAAUACGUUUUUAGUGAUUUUUUUUCUCGCCGUAUGUAUAGUGAUGAUAUUUUCUUUUGGUUUUCUUUUUGUUUUGUCACAUUAAAACGUUAAAAAUCUGUUACUGGUAUAAUAGUAACAUCUUUAAAAAUUAUUAUUAAUUUAUUAAUUACUAUAUUUUAUAUGCCUUUUCUUGAUACUUUUCUUGUAGUAAUUAAUUGCAUUUCAGUUAAAAAUUCACGUGAUUAAGAUGUUUUUGUUAUUAAAUAAUAUUAAGAUAAUGAAUGUUGGAUAGGAAUGCAUAUUUUUUAUGCAUCUGCAGGAAUUACAUGUCUUAUUUUGUUAGUUUUUUUCACUUUUUUACUCUCUUUAUUAUAUUUUGAUGGAAUUCAUAAUGAUAACAAAGUUAAUUCUAGGACAAAUAGCCGAGGAAUUUUUACUUUGAUUAUCUAUGAAACUGUUUUAGUUGUUUUUUUUAAUUUUCUUUCUGGUUAAGGUUAUAAUGGAGUAUUAAUUUUUGUAUAUUUAGCCGGUUCAAUUUUAACAUUUUAUCUUUUACAUAUGAAUACGCCCUUUAACGAAUAAAAUACAGGUAAAGUUUGGUCUUUUUUAUCGACAAUUAAUAUAUGGACAGCUAUUAUGUUUACAAUGGCAUAAUUAACAGAAAAAAGAAUUUUUCAUGGAAUUAUAUAUGCAUGGAUCAUAGGACUUCCUUUAUUAUUUUUAAUAAUAUUAAUGAACCCAGCCGAUAAAAAUAAAAGUGAAUCUUCCGUAAAUAUAAAUGUUAAUAAAUUUCAAGAUGCCCAAGAAGUAAUUGAUCAUGCGAUUUAUGUAUUAAAAUUAAUUUAAAAUGAUAUGAAAAAGACUAAAUCAGGUUAAUUACUUAAUGGUUAUAUAGAAUUCCAUAAUAAAACAUGUUUAAUUUCCAGUUGUCCUUUAAAAAAAGUAAAAUUUACCAAUAAUGCCUGGAAAAAAACAAGAAACAAGAAAACAACGGUCCACAAAACACUAAUACAUCCAAAACGGAUAAAAGAUACUAGUUUUGUUAAGAAAUGAUAUCUAAAUUAUAUGAAGCUGGUAUAUAGAAAUUUCCUACUAAUAUUCCAAUAAGGAUAUAUUAUGCAGUUUUUUUAAUGAAAGUCAUAAAAAGCAAAUAACAUGCCCUAAAUGAAAUUUUAGACGCAGAAAAUUUCAAAUGCUCUUUAGAUGAGAGAUUUACUUUAUAUUACAUUAAGCGAUCUAUUGAAAAAGAAAUAUCAGAAAUGAGUAAAUAAGAAGGUGACGAUUAUGGAGAAUAGAGAACUUUAGAAGGAAAAAUAAAUCAUUUUAGAGCUGCUAUGGAGUAAACAGUUACUUUAUUAAUGGAAUUUUGGAGUUAGUUUUCUGAUGAUAAACCUGAUUUGACAAAAUUAUAUGAUAUAGGAUCUAAAUUAUUUCCUUUGAAAUUAUUAGUGGAUGAUAUUUGGAAGAGAAUAAGUAGAGGAAAAAGUGAGUAAAUACCAAAAGUUUUUAGAAUUUAUUCGAAAUAUUUAAUUGAUAUUUUUAAUGAUAAAUAAGCUGGGGUUGAGUUGUUGGAAAAAGCUUCAAAAAUGGAAUAAAAUUUUAAUAGUAAAAAAUAGUUUCAUUUUAAUUAUAGUUCAGAUGUUAAUAUUGAUGGAUAGGAAGAUGGUAUUAUUUUUAUGACUACAGAAGAAGAAAAAUUAGGCUAGAUUAUGGGAUGUAAUUUAACUGCUGCUAGUCUUUUUGGUUAUUAAAAAGCUGAAUUAAUUAAUAGAAAUGUAAAUAUACUUUAACCUUAUUUAUAUUCUAAAAAUCAUGAUGAUAUUCUUAAACAUUAUUUAGAAAACGAAAAUAAGACUUAUACCCCUAAAGAUAGAUUAUUAUAUGGAAAAAGCAAAUCUUAAUAUAUAUUUUCAAUAAUUAUUAAUAUAAAACCAGUAUAUCAUGCUUUAAAAGAUGGAAACGAGUUUUUCGGAGUUUUUAAGAAAGAAAAAAUGAUCAAAUAUUUAGGUAUAGUUCAUGUAAAUGAAAAAGGGAUUAUAAAAGAUAUAUCAGCAUCUUGUAUAAAUAUAUUAGGAAUAGAUAUUAAAACUAUAAGUUUAGAAUAAAUAUCAAUAAAUAAACUUUUCGAAGACCUAGAUGAAUUUAAAACCGAAUAUAUGAGCAAAUAAGGCCGUAUAACCGAAUAUAUAUUUCCAAAGAUUAGCGAGGACACUGUCCUGUUUCGUAAAAGUGAAAAAACCUCAAAAGUAAAUGUCCAAAUGUAAGAUCUAAAUUUAAAAUAUAAAGGUGAUGAAUUAAUUGGAAGAAUAUUCAAAAUUGAAUAAAUAUAAGAUAAAAUACCUUAAAAGAAUAUGAGGUCCAAAAUAGGAAAUACAAGUGGAAUAAAAAAAGCUCAAUAGCAACCUGUAAGUGGAGAGGAAAAUCUUUUUUCAACGCCUUAAAUUUAAUAAAGUUUUUAAUUUAAGUUAUGUAUAUAAGAUGAUUCCGAUAUUCUCUAUAACGGAGAAUUUAUAUCAGGUUAAUAUUCGGAAAUAAUUGCAAAUACCUCCUAUUAUAUAAAUGAGUAAAGUGAUAUUAUAAAUGAUAGUAAAGUUGCUGAUUUUAAUCUAAAUUCAAACAGAAACAAUGUCAUUAUACUAAAAUCAAAAAUAAUAAAUAAUGAGUUUAUUUUAGAAAACAAUAAAAGUGAAAAAGAGAUAGUCCUUGAGAAAAACUACGCAGAAGGUAUAAGAACUUUAAGAUUAGUUAAUAAUGAAUUACAUGAUGCAGAUAAAUUUAAAUUCGAUGAUUCUGAAGAGGAGGAAGACGAGAAAAAAAUAGAAGAAGAAUAAUAAUAAAAAGGAUAAAAAUAUAAACACUAAAAAUAAGGGCCUGUUGAAGAAAACAACCCAGAUUAGUAAGCUGGUGUUAACUCCGCAAAAGGACUAAACGAAGAACUCGAUAAAUAAUCAGAAUCUACAGCUAUUAGAUCAUUAAAAAUUUUUUCAAUGUUCAUUAUUUUUGUUAUGAUAGGAAUAGCAAGUAUAGAUUUCGCUCUUAAAAAUAUAGCAAUAAAUUAUUAAUAAAACACCAUAUUAGAAAUAAGAUUAUCUUCAAAUAGAAUAGCUGCUAUUAAUGAAAUAAUAUGUUAUAUAAGGGAAUAUGCCUUAGUAAAUCUAUAAGUGCGAAUACCUCAAAUAAAUGACACGACGAUGAACUAGAAUGCUAAAAUAGAAAAAGACGCUGUAAAUUUAUAGACUAGUUUAAGAUCUACAAUAAAUGAAUUAGAGUAAUUAAAUAAUUAAAUUGAAAAAAUAACUACUGCUGAAAAUAAAUUGGUUGAUGUUAAUUUCAAAGAAUAAACAAACCAAAGUGAAUUUAAUGUAAACUCAGUUUCUGAAUAAAUUAUAUCCAGAUCACAUAAUAUUGCUUAAAUUAGUUUUAACGAUAUUAGAAUUGAUUAAACAGAUUCAUAUUUUGUAUAAUUUAAUGGAUUAAAUGAUUAUAUUUUUAAACUUUUUGAUAAUUAUAAUACUAUGAAUGAUAAUAUUGUCUCUAAUAUUGAUAAUAUAGGAAAUAAUUCACUUACUUUUUUAAUUAUUUCAAUAGUAAUUAUGAUUUUUUUUUCUUUUAUUUUACUUAUUUUACUUGGAAAGACUAUUUUUGCGAAAUAAUUAAUUUUAUCAGUGUUUCUUGAUAUCCCCGAAAAAACAGCCAAAUAUCUCUAUUAAAAAUGCGAAAAUUUCCUAGCUUAAUUAGGUUCUAAUGAUGAAGAUGAUAUACAUAGUGAAGUAGAUUUCUUUAUUGAUGAUAGAGAAGAAGGUUAAGAAUCACGAAGUUCUAUAUUCGGUAAAAAAAGGAAAAAAUUUAAAAAUACUGAUAGAGGAAGUAUCGGAUUUUUAUUAAGAAUUGCUUUCGUAGUUAUUUUUGUAGAAACAUAUUUUAUUGUUAAUUAUUUUUUGGGAGAAAAUCAAAUAUAUGUCUUAAAAUAAACAAUAAAAGAAUUUAAUUAUACAACAAUAGCUGAAGCUUAUUAUUCUUUAACUUUAAAUGCUUAAAGAUAAAUGUUUAUUGAUGAUAAAUUUACUAUUUUAAACUAAAAUUCAAAAGUAAUAAUGACUGAAAUGAUAAACUAUUUAUAUAAAAUAGAUUCUACAAUGCAUGAAGAACAUGCUAGAAAUACAGAAUAUCAUACUAAUUCAGCUGAUUAUCUAGGUUCUUUUGAAAAUAUAAUGUUUAAAGAUGCAUGUGAAAUAAUAGUUAAUAGAAAAGGUGCAUCAUAGACAGAAUGUGAUAAUUUUGCUAAUGGAAUUGUUAAAUAAGUAAAAAAAAAAUUAAUUUUUUUUUUCUAUAAAAAUAAAUAAUAUUAGGGAAUGAUUACUGUAAUUAUAAGAUAUUUUUAAUUAAUUAGAUAUUUUAAAGAUAGAUAUGAUUAUGUUUUAAAUAAUCCUAAUAAAAAUUUUGAUUUUGCUUAAUUUGGAAAUUAAGUGUCUAUUUAAACCAAAUAUAUUAAAUCGGCUUUUAGAUAUUUAUAAGAGGUUUUUGAUGAUGAAAUGACCAAAUAUUUCGAUUCAUUUAAAGUUUAAAGAAUUUUAUUACUUAUUCUAUUUAUAAUUUUAUUAUUACUAGCUUCUUUUCUAUGCUGGACUCCUUUCUUAGCUUAAUUAAAUAAAGAAAUAUGGUCAACUAAAUGUUUAUUAUCGUUUAUUCCUGUUGAUGAAAUGACUAAAAUAAAAAGCAUAGGAAACUUUAUUAGAGAAUUUAUUAUAGAUAGAAAAAUAUGA